GAGGAGAAAUAUAACAAUGGAGUAACAAAAAUUCUUUCAACCGUCGAAUCUUUCAUCUUCAUCUAUUUUCCUUCGCUUUCUAGUUAACUUUCCCGGAAAAUUUUGCUGCUGCUUUUCUUUUCACUCUUUUUUUUUAAUCUAUUAAUCACAGAAUCCCCGUCUCCAGCCACAUGUCGGCCGGAUCUCCGUUAAACACGGCGACCAUCGUCCAAACACCGGCGCCGCCCACGAAGACACGGCGGCGCGUGGAAGCCACCGUGACGGCGGAACAAUGCCGAGGAUCAAACGGCGUCGUUUACGACGAGGAGGAGGGGACGAGCCCGGUGGGGUCGAGCUCGUCGACGGAAUCUCACCACCACCACACACAUAACCACCACAGCUUCUUCAUCGGAUUCCUCUCCCUCCGCAGAUUCCGACUCGUGUGGAUGCUGAUGAUGGAGAACAGAGGGCAAUGGACUGUCACGAUGGCUAGAAGCCUGAGAUCCAGGAUCGCGAUUCUCACGCUGAUUUUCAUACUUGCUUUUGUAUCCUCCGUGCUCUUGUUCGCUUUCUCCGGCGGCGGCGGAGGAGGAAGGCGGAGCGUGGGGAGUCACGCGCUUGAUGGGUCGUCGUCGGGUUUGGUAAUGACGGUAACUGGGGGGAAGGAUUCUGCUCAGAAUGUUGUCUCAGAUGCUAUCACCACACCCAUUGUUCCUCAUAAAGUCCCCAUUCCGGAGAUUUGGCAGAAACCAGACAAUGAAAGCUAUGUUCAAUGCAUAACUCGGCCGAAGAACAGAAGAGCACCUCGGCGCACCGACGGUUACCUUCUUGUCCACGCAAAUGGUGGUUUGAACCAGAUGAGAACCGGCAUCUGCGAUAUGGUUGCGGCCGCCAAAAUGAUGAAUGCUACUCUGGUUCUUCCGUUUCUCGACAAUACUUCAUUUUGGAGCGAUCCGAGUACUUUCAAGGACAUAUUCGACUGGAGACACUUCACGAAAGUGCUUAAAGACGAUAUCGAUAUCGUAGAGUACUUACCACGGGAAUAUGCUGCGAUAGAACCCGCAGUGAUCGAUCCGAUUUCAUGGUCCAAGGCGAGUUAUUACAGGAACGUGGUUGCAAAGACACUGAAGGAGAAUAAGGUGGUCGAGUUCAUUCAUGCAGACUCUCGGAUGGCAAAUAACGGUAUCCCUCCUUCGAUCCAACGGCUGAGAUGUCGUGCCAAUUACGAGGCUCUUCGGUAUGGCAAAGACAUAGAGGAUCUCAGUAAAGACAUGAUCAGUCGUCUGAGACGAAACAACGAACCCUAUCUCGCUCUUCAUCUCAGGUACGAGAAAGAUAUGUUGGCAUUCACUGGCUGCAAUCACAGUCUAACCCUAGAAGAAUCCAUGGAGACUGAGAAGAUGAGAUACGAUAACCCACGAUGGAAAUACAAGAAGAUUAACGGUACGGAACAACGUUUACUGGGAGCUUGCCCAAUGACGCCACGUGAAGCGGCCUUGUUCCUGAAAGCAAUGGGUUUCCCCUCGACCACGACUAUAUACAUUGCGGCCGGAGAAAUCUAUGGAAAUGGUAGCAUGGAUCCGUUCUACGGAGAGUUCCCUAACGUAUUCACUCACUCAAACCUCGCCAUGGAAGAAGAGCUCGAGGGUAUCAAGCCUUACCAGAACCGACUUGCUGCUUUGGAUUACAUGCUGGCUAUGGAGAGUGACGUUUUCGUUUAUACCUACGAUGGAAACAUGGCUAAAGCGGUUCAAGGUCACAGAAGAUUCGAGGGUUUCAGAAAGACGAUAAGUCCGGAUAGGUACAGGUUCGUGAAAUUGGUUGAUCGUCUCGACGCGGGAAACAUUACAUGGGAAGAGUUCUCGUCCGAGGUUAAGAGACUGCACCAGAACAGGGUAGGAUCUCCGUCUCUUAGAAAGCCAGGUGGAGCUCCCAAGACUGAGGAGAACUUCUACGCGAACCCUCUACCGGGUUGCUUGUGCGACAAGUCUCAGUACCAGACCGGACUUAACCGGUUCGAGGGACCAAGUCUACGAGCCCAUUCGCUUCGAUAGUUCUCGGUUCAAGAUUUUGGUAUAUAUACACACACGCAAAGGGCAGAGGUAACAGCUCAGCACUCCGCGGAAGAGUAAGAGUGUUUUUCUCUUCUUCAUUUUCUUCAUUAUUUUUAGGGUUUUUCUUUUCAUAGUACAAUUUUAUAGAAUACAGAUUAGGGUUUCUACUACUUAUUAACCGUGCCUGCAUUAAAUUAAGGAGUCUAAAUUUGAAGAGAUAUAUCACCUUUUACUAAUUUGAAAAGAAAUACUCGAGAGAAAAAGAUUUUUACAUCUUUGAAUGUCUAGAUCUACUGAAUUAAUGAUGUGUUUUUUUGUCCCUACACGUGGAAAUAACACUGACCCACAAGCUCUUUUCCUC